AUGUCGGAAACCAAUCAAGAUAUACCAACGGCCAGAGAGAAUGAUGAAGAUGCAGUACCAGCAACAGAAAACGGUGACAAUGGAGCUCCGGCGCCAGAGAAAGAAGCAGAUGCGAUCAAAAACGAUGGCAAGCUUCUACUCACCGUCCUCAAGUACAACAAGAUAGAAGGAAAAGCAAUGUCCGGGGGUAAACUGGCACCGUCACCAUCGCAGCUGGCGGCAUCUGCCCUGAGCAUUAUCAGAGCUUACCUUCUGAAGGAGGGAUAUCUCUCAAAAGACGACGGGAACAAACCUUUCUGCACCAAGGAUGGUAUUGAAGUGACCGAUGAGAUUACUUUGGACCAUUACAUGGAGGAGAGCCCCAAUACAUCGACGAGUACUUCCGGACAAUCUGGAAAUGCUUCCGAAGCUGGAGGGUCUCACGACGAAACCGCCAAUAAGAAUGCGAAACCCGUGAAACACAACAUCUACAUCCUGACCAAGAAGAGGAGCGCCGGGUUGGAUUCGACCGCAGAUGCGUUCAUCAAAAAGGGCGUUGACCUUACCAACACAGGGACAGUCGACUUUUUAGCGGCCUCGACUGGAAAUCCUCUGACUUCCAGUUUCAAGAGCAGCAGCUGGGAAGCUGAAGCAAGUGGGAAUAUUGUUCACCCUGUCGAUAUGACCGAAAAGGAAUGGGGAAUUGUCAUGCGUACCAAUAAGCUCCUGUGCGGUCAGUACUUGCGAACUGGCCCCGUUGACAAAGUCGUCAAAGUCCAAGGCCACCCGGAUAUCAAACGACCAAGCAUGGAUGUUGUUGAUGUAAAAAGAUCGUAUUAUUCAGCAUUUGCCCUGAAACCGAGAAACCUGCCGGAAUACGACAUCACAUUCAAAAUCACCGAUAAGGCAUCCGAGGAGAUGCAUAAACUCGGCAUUCCACAUCCAGGGCACUCUUUCCGCAUCCCCCGAUUCCAGAUAAAGGAUUCGUCUCAGGUCCGCGUGUUCGAGACCAAGGGCUCUCUGGAAACAACAAUGGCUGAAAGUAGCUUUACAUCACAGUCGCUCGAUGCUGCUGUUGGCGGAUCGGGUUUUGGUGUCAGCGUUGCUGUAAAGGGAGGUGCGAGCUGGGGCAAUGACGACAAGAGUGCAAGUUCCAAGUUCAAUGACUCGAGUUAUAUGCACGUUGUCUACGAGUUCCCACGCGUAGAGCUAAUUCUGAACGAAGAAAAUCUGGAAUUAAGUGACGAGUGCAAAGAGGAUGUUGAAAACUUGCGAAACAGACGCACCUUGAAGGAGUUGGCUCAUUUUGAAGAGAGAUAUGGCAACUUCUUCGCCCGCAGUAUUCACCUGGGAGGCAAGUUGAUUUCCAUCGAGGAAUCCGACUCUGUUGCGGGCUCUUCUGUGGAGGAGAAAAAGAAGAUGCUCAAGGCAGCAGCCAGUGCUUCGAUGUCUGGCUAUGGCUUCCAGGCCGAAGUCAACUAUAGCCAGACAGAGAACUCGGGGACUAAAACAACAUCUACGGAGAAGAAAAUGACCCACUCCAUGUCUUGGUCGGCGGAUGGAGGAGAUACAACUCUCUGCAACAAUCCACCAAAAUGGUGUUCCACGGUGUCCAAUUUCUAUAACUGGAGAGUCAUGAAGCAAGACGACGUCGUCAAUAUCUACGAGUUCAUGGGAAAACUACCAGGUUACGAGGACAUUCCGAAGUUGAUUUAUAACAUCACUCAUCUGAACCCGGAGCCUACAAGUCUAGUCCAGUUUUCGCUUCAUCUGGAGGCCGGGAGCGAGAACGGUCCCAGGGUUCUUACCUUUGGCGAAGACACUGAACAGGAGAUAGCGCCUCUUGACAUGGAUCCUCUGAACCACGGUCCGAACCAGAAGUCAGGUACACAGGACAACGUGCAUUCCCUUCGGCAGCAUCGGAAAGAGCUCAUCUCGGAGAUUAAGUUCUCAAAAGCAAAAUCCGGCGAGUAUUCCACCGUUUUUGGUAUUCCUAUCAGCAAUGACCAAUCCAACAUUUCCAUCGAGGGAGCGGAUAGCGUUGGGAUUUCGCAUCCUCGGUUCAAAUACGGCGUCAAAUACCCCAUCCACUACUUGGUUAAUGCAACAAACGGAGAAGAAGAAGAAGUUCUGCUGCACAGUCUUCAGAUCGGUGGUGACGGAUCGUCCAAACCCUUCCUCUACGGCAAACACGAUACAGCGUCGAACAUCAUGGUUGAAUUCGAACCAAUCCACAAGACAACAAAGAAGAAGACGACGCCGAUUGCCCAGAAUGACAAGGUCCGGCUGAGAUUUUCCUAUCUACCGACAGAUACUGCUGUCCACCGCGUUUCAAAUUUCCGGAUGAAAGACGUCGAUGAUAUGAUCAUGCCUAAAAGCUCGGACCUCAAAAGGCUGGCUGCCCAGCUGCCUGGAAGACCUGAGCCUCCCGUCGAACCAGAGUUCUCUGAUUCCACAUUGAAAUCCCUCGAAGAAGGCCGGAACUUCUACGCUAUGUUGCUGAAGAAGGGACAUAGUUCGAUGAUGCAAGCAAAAUUGGAUCAAUUUGAUGCAAGAAUCAAGGCUCACAAGGAAUCGAGAGCAUAUAAAGAGGCCCGAGUGGUGUACGAUCUUAAUUUGCGGCACUACAAAAGCGCCAAACUGAUAUAUGAUCAAAGGGUGAAAGAAUAUGACCUGAGAGUGCAAGAGGAACUGAAAAAGACCGGCCAGCAGACACAGAGACUCAAGGAAGAAUGGGAACAGCAUCAGAGAGACAAGAACAAACUCGUGGUUUUUGACGAAUUCACCUUCCGGGUGGAGUAUUGUGAUGCUAAAAACGGAAAGAACCUCGGAACGGCGAUCGAAGCGGCUAAGAAGGCAUUGGCGGCUGAGAAGGCAGCGAAAGAUGCAGAAGCCGCAGAACAGGCUGCUGGAGAGGCUACCGAGGAGGCAAAACGGAAGGCGGAGGCAGCAGCGGCAAAGGCCCAUGACGAAGAGGUUGAGAGACGGAAGAAAUUGCUUUUCCCUGGUUUCUUCAUUAUCCAGGGCUAUGAGCAAUGGCUGGCACAGAAGAAGAAGCUCGAACGGGCGGCAUGCCUAUUGGACGAUGGGAAGGCAGCCACACUGCGUGAGGAUAUCAAGACCAAAGACAAGAACAUGACGAUGUGUGCAGAGUGGGACUUGGACGAAGAUAUACUGACAGCUUCGUCUAAGCUCGGGGUCAAUCCUUUCUGGGUCCCAGCAAUGGCUUUAGUCAAGGUCCCCGGCAGUACAUAG